CUGUUUAUUCUUAUUACUAUAUGGAUUAACGGCUCGACCAUCUGUGUUCAAGUUCAUUUAAAGAGGUUAGAAGAGUGCUGGCAUUUAAAAAAGCAAUAUUGGACAUUUAAUAGCAGAUGACACAGAACCUGCUGUGUUAAGAGAAAUCGUGCGUGACUAUGUCAUAUAGCGAGGAAUAUAUUAAAAACAAAGUGACAGAUGAAUUGAAAACUUUACAUGUGGAGGUAGUAGAUCAAUCUGAUGGUUGUGGUGCCAAAUUCUCAAUAGUCGUUGUCUCUGAACUAUUCCAAGGAAAGCCCAUCGUGCAACGUCACAGGCUUGUGCAUGGAGUCUUGAAAGAAGAAUUGAAGACAAUUCAUGCUAUUACAAUAACGGCAUUAACACCAGAGCAAUGGGAAAAAUCCAAAAGUUGACUGUUGAAUCUUAUUAAAUUUCUUUCAUAUGGAUGAAAUUUGAUAACGGUUACUUUUAUCACAGCCGUUUUGUAUAUUAGCCAUUUUUAAUAAGUUAUAUAAAUGAAGAAGUGAUACGAAUAUUA